AUGACAGACGCAUGGUUCGAAAACGUCAUCGAGUCGGACGGUAUAGAUGGAGAAGGCUGCCGUCGCUCCGAAGCCAUGACCCUAAAACUCUACCUACGCGACGAGAUCUCCAUCGACCAAGCAUCACAACAACUCGCCCUCCCCACCGAGACCUGUGCUUUGCCCGGCGACCCACUCAUCUACCUCUGGGGUGUACUACAAGACGCCAUGGUCGAGCUUCCGCAUUCAGCACAAAAAAUUACACCACUGUUGCUACAACUCCAAAAACGGCCGGAUGUGCGGUUGCGAGAAGAACAGAGAACAGAUGCAUUAAGCGACAAACAAUGGACUCUCUGGAACGAUUUACCUGGAUUCGCGAAUAUGUGGUAUGACAUGCAUUGGUGGUAUUAUGGCUCGCAAUGGCGUGUUGACAAAUUGCGAUUCGAGAACCAAGAUGCAGUGGUCAAUAUACCGCGAAUCGCUGUUGCUGAUGCAUUGUUAUCAGUUUCUGGUAUCCUUGGGGAAAGAGCAAAGGCUGAGGGUUUGGCGAGGUUGGCGCAUACACUUGAAGAUGAAGAUGCUGUUUUGCGUGUAGAGAUCUUAAUCCUCAGGGAAUGGUUGCUCAAUGCUGGAGAUAUGCUUUUUGGAAUGUGUAGAGAUGGGUUUCAGCACGAUCUGUUGGAUAACAGUGUAGAGCUCGAGAAAAAAUCAGUGGGAAAACCAAGACGAGAGUUGUGGAAAGAGGAUAGCGAUGCAAGUCUUCCUCGAUGGCAGUUCUGGAAACAGAGGUUGGGGAACAUAGAACAGGAUAUGGAGCUUGAGGACGACGUCAGAGUAGCUGCAAGGGUUUGCCUUGAAGUCAUGGGACAGUAUUGA